AUGGCUCUCGUCCAAUACUCCGACUCCGAAGGCUCUGAUGCCGAAGAUGAACAACCCCAGAUUCCACCGGCGCCUGUGAGCAAAGAGCCCGCAGCGACCGAGACAAAACCCUCCCAGAAAUUCUCGUCACUCGUCGACCGAGCAAACCCGCGCAAGAUUCGAGUCGCGCUUCCUGAAAUCAAACCAGAGACUCAAGGCGAUACUGGAGAUGACGAAGAUGGCCCAGCACGAAAGAAGCCCAAGACUGGUGCCGGCGGUGGCGGCUUGUUUUCUGGAUUCAAUUCCAUUUUACCAGCGCCAAAGCGCGCGAAUCAACCCGCGACUACUACAGGUACUUCUCGAAAGGCCUUCAGUUUAAAAACAGGCGCUGCACCGGGAUUCGACCGUCUGGCAGAUGCAGAGCUUCGCCAGGAACAAGCUCUUAAUGAGGUCGCGGAUAACGGCAACGAUAUACCUAAACCCGGAAGUCUGUCUGGUGACUCAAAGGGAGAAGGCAGCUUGCUCAAGGAGGCGAACUACAAAAAGCAAGGCAAUGCCAUGGCUUUCAAGCCGCUUUCUGUCGCCCGCAACGGCCCCAAAAAGAAAUCGGCAGCAUUCGUAGCGGCGAAAGCGGCUGCUAAGAACGCAGGUGUACCGAAACCUACAGAUACAACAACAUUGAAGGAUUCAGCUUCUGAGAAAAAUGUCUCUGAACCAGCCGUCUCUGGAACACCUACCCCAGUGCAACCGCCAAAACCUAAAGUCAGCUUGUUCUCCUUCUCCAGUGAAGACAAAGACACAUCAAGCGAGCCGACGACUGGUUAUGAAUCAAUCCUGUACAACCCACCAGGGCACGACGAUGCUUCGACAUUGCAAGAGGAUUCAGCCUCUUUGGCAUACCAUGACCAGCAAGCUAGCUCCUAUCCAGCACCCUCUACCCAACAAAACUCUAGCCUCGACGCAAUCGCAGACGACCUCAAUCUGUCUCGCGCUCAGCGCCGCCAGCUCAUGGGCCGAAACCCCGGCGUAUCCAUGGCCAAUUCCCGUAUCGUCAACUUCAACACCGAUACCGAGUAUGCGGCUAAUCAAGAAAUCCUCUCCAAGACAACCGAGGAAGAACUGGCUGCACAACAACACAACCCAGUUCGCGCGAUUGCGCCUGGAAAGCACUCCCUUCGCCAGCUUGUACAAGCAGCGAGUUCACAGAAGGAUGCGCUUGAAGAUAGUUUUGCUUCUGGGAGGAGAAAUAAAAAGGAGGCUGGAUCGAGAUACGGCUGGUGA